AUGACGUCACAGAAAUUGGUAUGGUUGUUUACACUCCUGCUCUGCUGCUGUUUCUUCGCGGUUGUCAGCAUGAAAACACCUACAAGUCCCCCGACAACGUCAAAGCCAUAUUUGCCAGAAGUGACGAUGGUGACGAAACCCAAAAUUCUAUUGGCUGAAGUUGGCUCCAAUGUUUCUAUGGAUUGCGAAUUUAAAAUGGCUACUUAUUCUUUGUUUGAUAAUCCACAACUCUGGACUAAACAACAACUUCCGGGUGAUGAGCUGGAGUUGAACUUGAUGGGUAUCCGAUCGGAGAAGAUUCAAAACUUGACUCGGUCCGUGCUUGUUUUCAUUGGUAUUCGUAAUUAUCGGUACUCGUUAGAAUCGGUAUAUCCGUAUUAG